AGCCAGGCGCUUCAGUCUCUAGUUGGGAUGCGACGCGCGAGGUAUGGAGAUGGAGAGUGCGUAGAGGUUACCGCUGUUGGUUCAAAUCGUUCUGUGCCAAGUUUGAAUGAUACACGCGACGCGUUCACGUAUCUCGUUGACUACGUUCUACCGGCAAUCGUACGCUAAAGUGUGAGACUGUUGGCCCAUGACCGGUGAAUCGAUCGCGUAACACGCGACAGAACGCCCGAUGAGAACUGUCAGUCUCGUGCGCGAGACGAUUCCGGGUUUCAAUUAGUUAAAAUAUAUUCAUCGUCGCGUGUGCCUGUCAGGGAUACGUGAACAACCUUGGACCUCAUCGAAAAGGAUAUCGAUUCCAAUAUGUCGGUGCUAUUGGAGGCGAGGUCUUACAGACCUUUCAAGUCCUCGGAGGAGUAUCUGAUCGCGAUGAAAGAGGACCUGGCCGAGUGGCUGAACGCUCUCUAUCCGGAGCUGAGAAUCAACGUUGACAACUUCAUGGACAGAUUGGACACGGGCGUCGCUCUGUGUAAACAUUCGAACAACGUCAGGAAAUCGGCGUCGGAGUAUGUCGCCCGGCGGCAGGCGCGUAAGAUCUCGAUGACACGAUCGAUGACCUCGUCGCUGGCUCUGCCGAUGAGCCAGCUGAGCGACGUGGCGUUCUUGCCGAACGCGAAGCCCGGUACCUUCUUCGCCCGCGACAACGUGUCGAACUUUAUCGCGUGGUGCCGCAACAGCCUCGGCAUCAUCGAGUGCCUUCUCUUCGAGACCGACGACCUGAUCCUGCGAAAGAACGAGCGACACGUGAUCCUGUGCCUGCUGGAGGUAGCGCGACGCGGGGCCAAAUUCGGCAUGCUGGCGCCGAUGCUCGUGCAAAUGGAGAGACAGAUCGAUCGUGAGAUCGCGGCCGAGAACAAAGCGGCGAACGGCGGUGCCCAUGGGAGCGCGGGGACCGAGGAGAGCGACGACGACUACGCCGACAUGCAGCAGGAGGAACCGUGCCUUAUUUACGGGCCCCAGCCACAGAUAGUCACCAAUGACCUCAAGAGCCUCGACGAAAUGGUUCGAGAUUUGGUAGAGAGGUGCACGUGUCCCACGCAGUUCCCGAUGAUCCGCGUCUCCGAGGGGAAAUAUCGCAUCGGUGACACGAAGGUGUUGAUUUUCGUGCGAAUCCUCCGCAGCCACGUUAUGGUGCGAGUGGGUGGCGGAUGGGACACCCUCAGCCAUUAUCUGGACAAGCACGACCCGUGCCGAUGCAAAACCUCGCAUCGCUCGAUGAUCUCAGCCAAGUUGAUACAAAAGGCUGGAGGGUCGUUCGACCUUGGCAGCGCGCAGGUGCAUUACGAAAGAUCACCUCCUAGAACCCGGCGUAGUUCGGCAUCGAGCGUCGGUUCGUGCACGGGCGCGAAUCAGCAGCAAUCAUCGGCGCAGCUGCAAGCGGCCAGGAGCGUUUCCAGCAAUCGGUCCCGAUCGCCCACGCCUUACCAGUCCUCCGGCAAGCAGCACCAAUUGAACGACGAACAACGAAAGACGAACAGGUCGAGGAGUCCGACGCCGCAGAGCAAGUACCUGACCAGUCCGAACCAUCAACCCGAUUUUGGUAAACAGCGAUCGAGAUCGCCAACCCCGAAACCUCAAAUCAGAUCCAACAGUCCGACCAUCAAAGAUCAUGCGAAGGACUCGCCUAUUAGAAAUUUCCGAGAGGAGGACCGGUCGCCUACUCAUCACGGAAAGCAUCAGGAAGUUAAGGAUGCGAGGAAAGACCAAGAGGUCCGCACGAAGGUUCCUCUGACGGAAGAGUUCACGAAGCGAUACGUGGUGGACGGUGGCGUGGCGCGCAGAGCCGUGGAGAAGGACGACACGCCGAAGUACGAGCCGACGAUUUACAAUUACAAGUGUCGCGAGGACUCGAGCAGCCGCAGUCCGACGCCCAGCCCGCCCGCGAUCAAAGAGGAGCCGGUGCUGGAGAGUUUCGCGAAGGACGCGGGCGGCAACGCGAACUAUACGAAGUCGCCGCACGACGGGGAGCACUCGGACAACUGUAGCGAGGUGUCUGACGAGGGUUACCGAAGUUUGGGAGCGGUGCAGUCGAACAGCGUGAACGGGCACCCUGGAACGUGCACGCAAGGAUCGCCCACGGUUGCCGAUUGUCAAAAGCAACCUAGUAAAGCAGAUACGGAAGAGAGGUCCUGCGUGGAGACGGAUAGCAUCGAGACGGGUCUGCGGAAGACCCGGAUCGGUCCCGCGAGUCCUCUUCGCGCUUCGCCUUCGAGAAGCGUGGCCUCCUCCUCCGGGGACCGAACGCCCCGAGCCGGUUCCAUCGUCCGCGAGAACAGCAACGUGUCCAGAGCCUCGUCGGGCAGUAGGACCCCACGGGACAGCAACUCCAGCCCCGAGGGGAGCCCGUUGAAACGCGGAAACAUCAGGAACAGCCUGCGGAAACCACCGACGGGAAGCUUGAGCAAAGCCACCACGGUUAUUCCGAAGACUUGCCAGAGUCCAGUAAGUGGCAGCAACACAUGGAACGGUAGACAGGCUAGACAGAGACCCAGUAUCCAAUCGGACACAUUUCUGAAUCCUCAAACUCCUGCUCCCACCACUUGUGCCACUACCACUAGUUUCUCUAGGAAGAGUCCGGCUAGACAGAGUUUGCCCAGGCAAAGUACGAACGGCGGGAUCCAAUACGACAGAAACGGGAGAAGAAUCAAGGCUGGCUCCGGCUCGCUGCAAUCCUCGCCUACCAAGGUGGCCAACCCUCUUCUGGAACAGAUAUUCAAGCAAGUCGGACACCUGCAGGACGAGAGGGAGGUGUUCCAGAAGCUGCAGGACCUGUUGAGGGACUACCAGGCUCACGGGUCCGGCGAAGGUGUCGCAAACAUGGAGUUCACUAGGGCGUGGAUCGAUGGUAACGGGACCGUUGCGUUGCCCCAGGACAAUCAGAUGACAGCUAGUCCUAGAAAGGAUCCGAAGCCGGCCUCGGAGAGGGGCGGCUUCUCCAGGAUACCGGCCCCCGUCUACAAGAGGCCGAUGUCCGUCGCCUCUGACAGCGUGUGAAGUUUUCCUCGACGAAUGGUACGGAGCGUGUCCCCGAGGUCAUCGGGCUCCUCGAUCGCGGACAGGACUCUCUUGUCGAGCCUCGCGAGUGUUACUUUCUUCCUCGCUCGUGACGCCCCCGAUUUUCCAGAUCCCGUAACGAUCGCGCGAGACUCUACCUGCGAAGAGGAUUUCUUUUUUUAUCAUUAACGAAGGUAUGUUCGGGGUCCAGCUUGGACCCCUCAUAUUUAUUUCAAUUUCCAUCGAACGAAUUUAUCGGGAAAAUAAAUUAUCCGCGUGAUCUGACGAUGAGAUCGAAGGCGUCCAAUUGGACGAGAGCCUUAACGGGAUCUGCAGGCGUACGGAGUCGAUCGGUUAGCUCGUAGGAGUCGCGUGUAUUAUCGGGGUGGUGCUUGGAUUGGUGCUGAAAUUGUAAAGUGAACAAAAAGAGAUUAAAGAGAAGGGACGAGGGUGAUAGGUAGUUUAGGACGUCUCGUCGACGAACAUAAAAACGAAUUUCAAAUGACGAACGGACAAGAGUUUCGAGCGAGCAAUUAGCUGGUGCGUGCCGCUUGCUUUAAUGGCUUCCCCGAUCGAUUUUGCUUCCGAGUCAAAGUUAAUUGCACCCCGGCUGACAGCUCGUCGAUUGAUCCGAGAACGAGAGAUUACGCACCUAUGCAUGCCGCACUUGCGUGCGGACACACGCGACCGAACUUGAUUCUCAUUUUUUACAUGUCGGAUGAGUGACUCUUCACUUUUAUAAUUUUUUUUAAUUAUUCUAGAUAUCUAUAUAAUCUUUUUAACCGUAAUAAAAAACGAGUGGAUAUUCUUUGAUUAAUUGGGUUUCUGUGAAUCGUGUGUUUUCGUGAACUGCUUGAAAUUUGAUGAGCAAGAGAAUAAUGACGAGGUCGCGUGGCUUUUCUUAGGUUUGUAUUGAAACGGAUCGACGAGCAAAGAUCGCGAUCCCUCGACGAGGGAUCGCGAGGCGAGGAUCUCAAUUUUGCGAGCCAGGAUUUCUAAAUACGUUCGAUCGUUUGAGCACCGGCCAGAUGAGCCGGGGAGAAAUUAUUUAUUUAUAUAGUCUAUCGGUUGUAUUUAUUGAAAGACGAUUUAUUUGCGCGUUGCGAGAUUUCGCUUGAUGGAGUGUGGUGCACGACGCAAGAUAAACGAGAACGAAUAAAAUAAAGAAUCUCGAGAGAAUGAGAGCGAGAGUGAAAGAGAGUAUGGAGAUCCGAGUGGGAUCUCUGCGAGGAGAGACAAAAUCAAAUUUUCACCCCAGGAAAACAGACUGCAUUAUUGUAGAUAGCGACGCGUGACGUCGAUGACAAAACGCCAUUCCAAUGUUUCACUGUUUUUUAUACCAAACGCGAACGUAGCGGCAUAUUUUGUAAUCAAGUGUCUUUUUGGCGGGGGACUACUCGGGCGGGACCUUGUUUUCGGUUCUCGCGCGUUUCGAAAAACCAAAUGAAGAAUAAGAGAUCUGCGAGUUGCUCAAUACGUAGAACGUUUCAGGGGAGUAUCAUAAUAUAGAAUGGUUGAUAUCCAAUUAUUAAACGUCUAAGCGAACGGAAAUGAAUUUGCAAUUUGCAAUAGAAAAACUGUGUCAAGCAUAUUCUAAAAGAGAGGUGAGAGAGAGGUUCUCAUAGGAAAUCUUUUGAAGUUGGAACGCGCGAAUGAAACGUAGUGGAAAAUCGAUGGUAGAAAAAUGAGGCUGAAAAAUAUUUUUUAUAAUUGUCUAUUACGGAACCGGAUCAUAUCGCGGCCUAACGAUCGGCCUCGAAGUUUCUUUUUCCUCGUAGUCUUGCGUCCCGUCUCCGGGACACCCCGCCGAUAUUAACAAAUUAAGGUAGAUGAAAAGAAGAUGUUUAUUUUGUUGACCAGUAGUGACGAAAGAUAGAGGAAGGCGAUUAUUUUUUAGUGAGACGUGUCGCAGGCGCGUUUCCGGAAUUCGUCGAAGCCUCCCCCGACGUUCGGACGACGCGCGCAUUUCUUUCUCGAUUUUGAACUGUUCGCUGUUCGCGACGUAUUUUUAUUCAAAAUUGAAGAGCGGAGAGAGUGGUUCAAAGUAACUUAAAUCAUGGCACGUGUUCACCAAUUGUUUUCUAGGAUUGACAAAAAGUAAGUGAAAAUACGAAUCGUUCGAAGGGAAAUAAUAAGAAUAACGAAGCACGAAUGCUUCCCGUCCAAAGUCUCCAACUUAAACGUUCAACAGAGCGUCUCGUUCGAAUGGUCUACUGUGAAUAAAAAGAAUAGAGGCCGCGCGUUUUCCGGAAGGCGUAUUUUACAAAAUUGCUCGUAGACUUUUAGAUAUCGAAUGGUGUGGGGGUGACAGUAAACCCUUUUCGCGUUUUUUAAAGCCUAAGCUUCGUAACCCCAGGCUGGCGAGAAAUAAACGGGAUGCCGACGAUUACCAAUAUUAAUAUUAAUUACGACGACCGCAAGCCCUAUCUCUAUUAUUCUGAAUAACGAACGACAUUACUAUUAUCAUUGCGACGAUAAUUAUUAUUAUUACGAUUAUUAUCGUCAUCGUCCGUGGGUGACGAUGAUCGAUUAUUACGAUUAUUAUACGCAUCGUUGAGUAUGUUUACGUUAUAUCAUUUUAUCUACGAGAAGUUGUAAAUUGAGAGAAAACUUGUAUAAAAAAAAUACAAUAAAAAAAACUUUAACAAAAACAG